AGAAAAUUAGUGAAUAAAAAAAAGGUUGGUCAGCUUUUGUGGCCUUUGAGGUAACUUGUAACUUGUAAGAAACUUAUAAGCAUCCUACUUCAUGUUACCGAACGCUAAUAUAAGAGCAUGAGUGCUUAAAGUAGCUUAUAACCACCAAAUAAGUAAUUAUAAACACAAUUUUGCAGAGGCUCGAAAAUAAUGCUAGCUUUAUGCCUUCCAUGAGAAGCUCUGUUGGGGUGAUGCCUUCUGAAGAGCACACAUCAAUUGAACUGGCUGGACCAGAUAGGCCUGGUUUAUUAUCAGAAGUAUGUGCAGUUCUUGCAGACCUUCGCUGUAACGUUGUAAAUGCUGAUAUAUGGACACACAAUUGUAGAGCUGCCGCUGUAGUUCGCGUAACAGAUGAUUCGACUGGAUGUGCAAUUAAAGAUCCGGAUCGUCUCUCAACUAUAAAAGAGUUGCUUUGCAAUGUCCUUAAAGGGAAUAAUGACUUGAAAACCGCAAAAAUGACACUUUCAGCGUCUCGAAUCAUGCAUACAGAACGACGCUUACAUCAGAUUAUGUUUGCAGAUAGGGACUACGAAAAGGUUGAGAAAGCAGGAACAGGAAUUAAUGUUGAGGAUAGGAGCACAAGACCUCAUGUUACUUUGUUGAAUAUCGAGAAAGAUUACACAGUGAUUACUAUGAAAUCGAAAGACCGGCCUAAACUGUUGUUUGACAUUAUUUGCACCUUAACAGACAUGCAAUAUGUUGUCUUCCAUGGAAUGGUCAACACCGGAAAGAUGGAAGCUUACCAGGAAUUCUAUAUCAGACACAUUGAUGGACUCCCCAUAAGCUCAGAUGCUGAGCGAGAACGUGUUGUACAAUGUCUGGAAGCAGCCAUUGAAAGACGAGCAUCUGAGGGACUGGAGCUAGAAUUAUGCACAGAAGACCGAGUUGGACUUCUCUCAGACAUCACAAGGAUUUUUCGAGAAAACAGUUUGUGCGUCAAGCGAGCAGAAAUCUCAACAAAAGGUGGGAAGGCUAACGACAGAUUCUACGUUACAGAUGUAACAGGAAACCCAGUUGAUCCCAAGAUCAUUGACUCAAUUCGACAACAGAUUGGAGUAACCAAACUACAGGUGAAACACAACUCAAUGCUUCAACCAAAACCUCCUCGGGAGACGACA